AUGGCUUCAGCAGCUGCAUCUUCGAAUUAUAUAGGUUCUACUGCAGGAGCAUCAGCUUCUUCAAGCUAUGCAACUACUACUGCUUUUAAUGAUGAUAGGUCUCCAAAAUUUGGUGAAUAUCGAUCACGAGUUAUGCUCGGUGAUCUCCCAGAAGAUUUUCUUCGUAUACAAAUGAUACAAGCACAAAUGUAUGAUCCAACAGGAUAUGGUACAAGACAAGGCCAUCCCGCUGUACCACAACAACAACUUUAUCAAAAUCCUAAUUUUCUUGGCUAUUUUACUUUGACUAUUGCCGAAGCAAAAUUGAUCAAAAGUUCUGGUUUAUUAGGUUUGAUGAAAAUGGAUCCAUAUGUUAGAUUUCUUAUUGGGCAUGUUUCAUAUGAAACACCAAUAGCAACUAGUGGUGGAAAAAAUCCACAAUGGAAAGCUUCAUACCGCAUUAAUCUAUUCAAAGGAAUGGAUAGAAUACAUUUGGAAGUUUAUGAUCAACGAAAUUUUACUGAAGAUGCCUUUGUUGGUGAAUGUGAAAUACCGAUACCACGAGAAGUAAUGGAAGGUGAAACACGUCAACAUUGGUAUCCAUUAAUGGGACGACAACCGAAUGCAAAUGAAAAUCAAGGAGAUAUUCUUAUUGUUAUGAGUUUUGUGCCAACAAGACCAGUAAAUCAAAGCUCAGUUGCGAACUCAACCGGUACAAAUGUUGUGAAUCCUAAUGGAAAUACAAGUUUUGCAACCAAUGCUGCUAGCUCUUCAGUACCAUCUCAAUCAACAAAUAUGACUGAACAACAGCAACCAGCACAACAUUCACCAUCAGCGAUACCAAAACCACCACGACCUCCAUAUUCAUCUGAAGACGUCCGAACAAUUGAAGAAAUGUUUCCUACAAUUGAACGUCGUGUUAUAACUGGUUUACUUGAUCAACAUGACGGAAAUAAAGAUCUUGUUGUUAAUCAUCUUUUACAAAACAUGGCUUAA